AUGACUAACCUUCCACAAGUGCUCCUUCUCUCCCUGCUUCUCAUCGCCUCCACCGUCCACGCUUCCGGUGCCGUCGAACUCAUCGUCCGCUCCGCUCGCACCAUCAUCAUUGAGCCGACCGUCUGCGCCAACUUCGAGUGCCCGGCGCCCGAUGACCUGACUCCCGCUCGGAAAGUCACUGCUGGCACUCCGCUCCGCUUCAAAACGGGCGGUUAUCAAGGAGAGGCCCGCGAACGAUUCGAUAUUCACCUCAAAUUGAUCGAUCCGCAGACACAGGGUAAGAAGAGCGAUAAGGCCCGAAUGGAAGGGUUUUCUGUUUGCUCACAGAGCUGAUAUGAGUGUGGGUGGCACGCGUGUGGGCAUGUGUGAAAAUACGUUUUAGUAGGGGGUUACUAGAUGUAAUAUGAAUUUCCAGAAACAAUUGCCCUCGAACACCACAAACCACUCGCCGACACCGAUUGGCAAACCGAACCGAUAGUGAUUCUCACCGACCAAGGAUUCAAUGUAACGGUCGAGCUCAGAAACCUCUGUGCCACGUAAGCGAAUCAAGUUGUCCAGCCAAUCACUUCCUUUUUCCAGGGACUACCACGGAAAACGGUGCGGCCGAUACUGCGUGGCCCCGCACGACAGAGACCGUCACUGGGAGUGCUCGACGGACGGCGAACGACGUUGCUCGGCCGGAUGGACGGGAGCCGACUGCUCAAUUCGUGAGUGCCUUCGUUCCGAUCCAUUACCCUCCGCUUUCCUAACUGGAACAUCUGGUGACAAGUUGAUGGGGGCGCCAAGAGAUCAAAGGGUGGCGCGCCUUUCGCGCGGGCGGCACAACACACAUUUUCGCGCAUUUCUUCAUUUCACACAUUGAUUGGCGAAUGAUCGAUGUGAAUAUUUCUGUGAAAUUUGGAAACCCAUCCGAAAUUCACUCGAGCACCACUUUAGAGAGGCAGAUUUUGAUGGACAAGGUUAAUGUGGUGGUGGGGGUUGGUGCGAAGGGAGAAAGAAUUGAAAUUGAACGCAGGAGAAACGGAGUUAGUUUUCCAAUUAGCAGAGACUCGCCCAUUAACCUCGAUCCACCGAGAUAUGUAUACAAUGCAUUCGGGCAGAGAAAAGUGCGCCGGUAGGCCGAUUCUGGGGGAUAUCGGAUUGGAGGAAUAUUACUGUUUUGUGCACUUCUCAUACAUUUUGCACUAUACAAAUAGAUGGCUUCAAUAUCAAUCCUAGUGGUACUCCAAAAAGCCCGCCCAAAACUGUGAACCGUGUUUCGAAUAUGCUCACACCUGGUGGAUUGCGUAACCUGUCAAAACAUACUUUAUAUCUCGAAGAUCUAGUGCUAAUCCAAUUAGUUACAUUAACAAGCGACGCAAUUAGCUCCUUCCAACUAUUCUUGCGCGAUGCAAUCUUCUCGUUCAAACACCUGUUAGUUGGUGCUACCAAACACACACACAUGUGCCCUUUCGAAACUUCAUUUCUUGCAGCAAUGUGCUCCUCUGGCUGCAGCGGACGUGGAAGAUGCGUGGCUCCGGAGCAGUGUCAGUGCACCGCCGGCUUCAACGGAACUCGAUGCGAGCAGUGUUUUCCGCGUCCCGGAUGCGUCCACGGAACUUGCCGCAACGACACUCCGAUGACGUGCCACUGCAAACCCGGAUUCAUGGGUGCUAAUUGUGAUAUCGGUAAGUGAGCAAUGAUGCUUUCUGAUCCCAUUUUCACCCGAUUCCAGACCUCAACACGUGCUCGCUGACAAAACCGUGCCGCAACGGAGGACAGUGCUCCACGGAUCCUUCCUCUACGUCCGGCUUCCGCUGUUCUUGCCCGUUCGGAUUCAUCGGAGCUCGCUGCGAAACGCCGUUGAGCAGUGUCCGAUGCUCCGCCGAAGAAGACCACGUUUGUCAGAAUGGUAAGUGUCCCCCCUUUGAUAUGGAAAUUCGGGAUGGCGAGGAGUAAUAAAAGAGGGGGUUAUCUGAUCAUAAACAUGGUAGUAACGCAUAAAACAAAAGGAGCAACCACGACCAUUUGAAGAAAUCUUUUGCAGAAAAGGGGAAGCAAGUGGGAAAGGUUCUGGAAUUCAUUUACUUGUUAAUUUCAGGAGGAACAUGCUUCUCGUUGGACCGCCGCAGCUUCCAAUGUCAGUGUCCUUUCGGUUUUUCCGGAAAAUUCUGCGAAAUCGGAGAGCAUCGCGAUUGUUCGACGAAGAAGUGUUCGGCCGGAGCCACGUGCCAAAUGAUUGCCUCUAGACCCAUUUGUGUGGCAAAAUCGACGACCACCGAAUCGCCGAAAUUCAUCGUCAUCAACAACUAUCAUCUGCAUCAUUCGAGCGGAAAGGACCAGGAGAAGAAGGCGGCGGAAGUGGAGGAACUGACCAGCAAUGCGCUCUUUCUCGUUUGCAUUUUGUGUACGUUCAAUCAGUCUCCAGUUCCACUUGAAAUAUUCGUUUCCAGUCUGCAUCGUGGGCCUUUUCGUGGCAAUCCGCGUGGGCUACGUUCAGUUCAUCGCCAAACGACGAGCGUCUCCGCUUCCGAUGACGACGAUGCCGUCGACGCCGGUGAAGGCGCCGCCCACCUACAAGGUAACACCUUAUCCUAUUGUUCUUGAUGGAAUUGAGUGGCGCCACAUUUCGCGCGUCGGGCGGAAAUGAAAAUUAGAAGGCGCGGGAAAGAAAGAGAGAGAGAGAGGAAGAGAAAAGAGGGUAAUCAAGAUGAAUAGACUUUUGUGUGGAAAAUUAGAAUGGUUUGACAUAAGGAUGUAAUUGAAGGGGUCCGGUGAUACCACGCAAACUGACUACUGUUUUUCCUGGCAAAAAUCUAGAAAAUACUCUAAUUAUUGCAGGUGUGCAUAAUCGACGCCGAAAUGGGUGCUUCUUCGUCCGGCUGUUCCUCUUCUUCUUCUUCCGAAUGUGAACCCCAUUUCCACUCGCCGCCGCCCGCCUAUUCAUCGCCGGUCCUUCCGCAGCGCCUCUACAAAAGCAUUCCGACGGACGACGAACCGCCAUUUCGGGACGUCUGA